AUGAAGCAGCGGCGCUGGUGUGGGAUGACUGCCAAAAUGGGGACGGUGUUGUCAGGGGUUUUCAGCAUCAUGGCCACAAUUUUGUCCCUCAUUUUUGAAGAGAAGUACCUAAUGUUUGGCAACUGUACUGAGAAGGAACUGGAGACCAUGCAUACAAGUGAAAUAAUAAAUGAGUACAUCACAUGCUGGAGUUGGGGCAUCUUCCUUCUAACAUCUAUCAUCACCAUCAUCAUCAGCUGCUUCCUCCUGUACUCAGUGUAUGCCCGCAUCUACAAAGGUCUGCUCAUCUAUGGCAUCUGGAUCCUUUUCUUUGAAGCUAUCAACGUUGUCAUACAAGUGUUUACCAAUGUAGACUUCCCCUUUGAAGAGAUCAGAAUCAUGCGCUGGUUUGGCCUGGUGUCCCGGAUAUCCAUGCAUGGUUUCUGGAUGUUCUUUAUCAUCACCUACAUCCACAUAUCCUACAAAAAUAAUACCCAGGGUAAUAUAGUUUUCUACAACAGACGUCCUUCUAUAGUUACUGCCAACUUUUCACGGCGGAAAUCAAAGAUUAUAAACUUUGUCCACCACUAUAAACAUUAG